UGCGCCGGAGCCAGACUCAACUAUGGAGCCGCAGCUCAAGGCAGUGGACUGGGACAAGGACCUGGUGGACUGGCGGAAGCCCCUGCUGUGGCAGGUGGGCCACUUGGGGGAGAAGUACGAUGAGUGGGUCCACCAGCCGGUGACCAGGCCCAUCCGCCUCUUCUACUCAGACUUCAUCGAGUCUCUCAGCAAGGCCGUCUGGUACAGCGUCCCCAUCAUCUGGUUGCCCGUGAUGCUGUACCUCAGCUGGUCCUACUACCGAACACUCGCCCAGGGCAACGUCCGGCUCUUCGAGUCCUUCACCACAGAGUACUCGGUGGCCAUGCCGAAGGCCGUCUUCCCCGGCCUCUUCGUGCUGGGCAUGCUCGGUUGGACACUGAUGGAGUACCUCAUCCACCGCUUCCUCUUCCACAUGGAGCCCCCCAGCAACAACUAUUACCUCAUCACCCUGCACUUCGCCUUGCACGGCCAGCACCACAAGGCGCCCUUCGACCAGUCGCGCCUCGUCUUCCCCCCAGUGCCUGCUUCGGUGGGCGUGGCCUUCUUCUACGUGUCCCUGCAGCUCCUCCUGCCCGAGGCGGUGGGGGGCACCCUGUUUGCGGGGGGCCUGCUGGCCUACGUGCUCUACGACCUGAUCCACUACUACCUGCACUUCGGGUCCCCACACAAGCAGUCGCACUUCUAUGGCUUGAAGGCCCGCCACGUCAAGCACCACUUUGCACAUCAAAAGUCGGGAUUCGGCAUCAGCACCAAUUUUUGGGAUAGCCUUUUCCACACCCAGAUCCCCGAAGAACCACAAACGAAGACGCAGUGACCACUCUUAGCCCCUUCACCCUGCCCUCUUCCCAGCCCUGGCCCUG